AUGCUUCGAUGCCGUAAUCUAUUCGAAGUCUACACCGAUAUAUGGUUCGUGUACAACAUCGCUUUCAUCUACGCGAUGGCCCGUCUGGAACUCGACGACACGCCCACGAGUAUCGCACGUAGGGACGUGACAGCAUUCUUCAGCCCACAGGACUGCGUCAACUUUCUACGUUUCACGCAAUCGCAAGUUAUGCUGAUGCUGGAUCUGCUGUUGAUCCCCGCGUUCAUCCGAACUGACUGUGGGUUCGUGGUAAGCGGAAGUGGGGCUCUGUGCGUGCUCCUGUAUCGGCUCGCUUUUUCAUGCCGCCUGAAGGACAUGCGCUUGGUUUUGGGGAUGAGCGAAUCGUGUAUCUGCGAAGUCUUCAAUUGGAUGUUGCAUUUCCUAGACUUCAGGUGGGUGUAUCUGCUGUCCCUCGACGUGGCACGCCUGCAGCCGCACCUGAUCGAGUUUGCGGAACCAAUCUUCAACUCCGGCUGUCCUCUCACUCACUGUUGGGGAUUUAUCGAUGGCACCGUGCGUGGCAUUGCAAAAUGAAGUCCGACUCAACGGAUUCUGGUGUUUUGGUACAUACCGCAGACAGUAGUUGCGUGGUUCCCCCCGCGGAUUGCUUUUCCCGCCGCGUAUCCAACGCAGCAUCAGCAGCAGGCCAUCUUGUACGUUCCUCGAGUUUUGCGACGCACUUACUAGACCAUAUGUUCAUCUGUCUGGAACUGUCGUGUGGUUGCGCGUGCACAUGAUUGAUUUCGAUUUACCACGAGGUUGCAACAUGCGAUGAAGUUUAGCCGAACGAUGAAAUACAGCAGCACUGUUGGGUGUAUGUCUUGACCUGUGUUGUUGGUGGCCCAUCCUUCCGUCCGCCCAAAACUGAUUCGCAGGCCCAAGUACUGGCAGCGCCUGUUCUACA